CAGUUGUACUGCUGUUUGGUACACAAAGGCAUCAUGGGAAAUAUAGUGCAGUGCUGCCACAGUCUGUCAAACUACUUCAAGUGUCAGGAUGCACCAGUCCAGGGUGAGGCAGAAAGAUCCCCUCUGCUCUCCAGCGAAGAGAGCGAAUGUGAAUCACCCAGCCUGACGGACGACUUGGAGGACGACCUGUUAACCGUCUCCACCGGCGUGACAAACCCAGCCCUCGAACCAGAGCACUUCCUGUUUCCUGACAUCAUCUUAAGCAGCAACCUGGGAGGGGACGUGACUCUGGUGGAGCCGAUGGUGUGUCUGCUGGUGUCUGAGGAGGAGGAGGAGGUAGUGAGGGUGGAUGAGCCCGGAGAUGAUGGACAAGAGAGGAGCAGCAGGAGGAGGAGCAGAGGGUUUUCUGAGGUUGAGACACAAACAGAGGUAGUGGAGACACAGAUGGGUAAGGGGGUGCAGACUCAGACAGAGUCGCAGGCAGAAGUUCAGGCGCAAACAGCAAUGUGCAAUGAAGAGACUGUGGGGAGAGAAGUAAACAUGCUAAUAAAUACUGACACGAACGAGAUGCAUGUGGAAGAACAUGAAAUACUGAGACAGCUGGAUGUGCUCUUGGAGGCGCAGACAUCACCAGAGAGACACUCAGAUGCAUCAGAGGGACAAAAACAAAGGAGAGACUCUGGGACUUGGGCUGACAUGGAAGUUUUUGUGGAGAAAAACAAAUUGUUCUUUGGAGACAAAGACAGGGAAUGUGAACAGGAAGAAGUGAAAGGGAAUUACAUCCACGAAGAACUGGCUUCAAUAAAGCAUCCAUUUCAAACAGAACUAAAUACUGAGCUUUUAAAUGAGUUAAACACACAUGAAGAGAAUGUUUUUAUGUUGCAGCAGGGUGUUGUUGCUGCUCAGGUAAAUGCAGACUUUGCCCGCACAGAGCCGACACAGGAGGAUGUUAAGGACAAAUUUCAAAUCAUGAAAUCAGAUUGCACCUCAGUGAUGGUGACUGGAAACAAAAAUGUGGAGAACACUCAGUCACAGAAGGACGUCCAGCCGAAACAAUGCAGCAUCAACAACCCUGAAACUGUGGUAAACUUUGACCCCACUGAGUGUCGAGCAGACCCGACGCAACAAAAUAAUCAGGAUAAUGACCACGCGGGAGAGACACCUGUGGCGUCCGAUCAGAAUGGAAAUAAAAGGGAAACAAAAGCAACAAAUAUGUACGAAGACCACAUAGAUGAGACAGCAGAGAAAUCCAUUUUAGGUACGGAUCACGAUCAGUGUCAGGACCCGGCAAAGUGUGAAGAGGAUGACAACAGGACGGCUCCGCCACAGGUGGAGGAGGAAGAGAAACAAGCAACCUUGUUUUUAGUUGAUGGGCUUUUUCUGGCAGCACCACAUGUAAAAGUGCUUCUGAGUCAAACUGAAGAAAGCCCUGAGGAUGAUCACCAGUCUGAUGCUGAUAAAAGGAAACAGCUCAGCAUUCGUGACAUAGUUGAUCUCCAAGAGACAAACUUUACUGUCAGAAUUCAGCCUCCGGGAACAGAGAGUUUUGAGCUUCAGGUGUCAGGCCAGAUGUUGGUGGCGGAGCUGCACCAGGUGCUGAUGGAGCACGAGAUCACCUGCCACCGCACUUGCUUCUCCCUCCAGCUGGGAGGCACAACGCUCGACGGGCUCACGGAGCUGAGCUCCAUCCGGGGCCUCCAGGACGGAGCGCUGAUCAAGGUGGUGGAGGAUUCGUACACUGUGCGUGACGCUCGUCUUCAUCUCAGACACGUACGUGAUCUCCUGAGGAGCCUUGACCCCGCAGAUGCAUUCAACGGAGUGAACUGCAGCUCACUAUCGUACCUCACAUUUUUCACCAGAGGAGACAAUGACAGCGACAGCGCGGGGAACAGGAGAGCUUCUGAAAAGGAGUCUGUUGACUGCAGCCCUCCAGAAUAUAUCCUCCCUGGAUGUAAGGAGCGACCGCUUACUCCACUGCAGCCACUCAGAGAAGACUGGAAGCCGUUACAGUGCCUGCGGGUUCUGACGAUGAGCAGCUGGAAUCCUCCUCCAGGAAACAGGAAGAUGCACGGGGACUUAAUGUACCUCAACGUCCUGACUGUGGAGGACAGAGAACUCAACAUCACAUCCUCUACACGUGGUUUCUACCUCAACCAAUCAACUGCCUUCAACUUCAACCCCAAACCUGCAGCUCCCAAAAUCCUUUGCCAUUCUCUGGUCGAGCUGCUAAGUCAAGUCAGCCCUGCUUUCAGGAAAACCUUCAGUGCCCUGCAGAGGAAGAGAGUUCAGCAGCACCCUUAUGAGCGGAUCGCUGCGCCUUUCCAGGUGUUCACCUGGAUCGCCCGUCAUGGAGAUCACACCCUCGACUGCGUCCGAGCAGAGGAGACACACACCAGUCGCAUGGGACAGGACGAGCACACAGCUGGGCAGAGUCGGGACUGGAACGAGGAGCUGCAGGGAUGCAGGGAACUCCCCAGAAACUCCCUUCAGGAGCGGCUGCACAGAGAGAGGAGCAUAUUCAAAACCAACAGUGACUUUGUUGCAGCUGCAUCACGAGGUGCUGUAGCUGUUAUCGAUGGUAACGUUAUGCCGUUAAACCCGGGGGAGACGCCUCACAUGCAAAUGUUUAUCUGGAACAACCUGUUCUUCAGCCUGGGGUUCGACAUAUCUGAGCACUAUCACCCACUAGGGGGCAACGCUGCUGCUCAUGCUGCAGCCAUCUGUGACCUGAGGGGAGCUCAGGCGUACACAUCUGUGGACAUAGAGGGGCUUCACACCCUUGGAACAGCAGUUGUUGAUUAUCGUGGCAUCCGUGUUAUCGCUCAGACCAUUGUUCCUGGGAUACUGGAGAAAAAUCAGGAGCAGAGUGUUGUCUACGGCUCUAACGACUAUGGAAAAACUGUGUUUACUCACCCCAGGUUUCUUGAGCUUCUGGAUAAAACCAGUAAACCGCUAAAAAUCCAACGUCACCAGGUCCUCAACCACAGCAACAACCCAGUGGAGCUUUGCUCUGGCAUCGAGACCAAAGGCAUCCUGGGUAAUGACGGAAGACCCUACAUCUUGGACCUUCUCAGGACCUUCCCCCCCGACCUUAACUUCCAGUUCUCUGAGACAGAGGAGAGGAUAGAUGUGCCGAAGGAGUGUCAGAGCUUUGGUUACCCACGGCAACACCCUCACGGCUUAGCCAGCCUGAGACCAGAGCUGAUAGACGCCUUCGUCCAGCACAGGUUUGAACUUUAUUCCAAGAUGUCCCAGGGGCUCAUCCAACCGGACGAACAAGAUAAAGCCACAGAGCAGAGUGAAGAGCGGAGAACUGAAGAUACAGCUGCAGCUGGUGCUGAAAUGGAAUUUCAGAGAAGGAAUGUGAUUACGAAAGCUUGUGAGGCUGUUGGAUCAGCGAGUGAUUCCUGCUUUGACAUCCGCUUCAAUCCUAACGUUUGCUCUCCAGGUGUUCGUUUCCCCUCUGAGUGUGUCGAGGAGGUUCAGCAUCAGAGAAAGUUGUUGUGGGACGCAGCUGCUUUUCUACUGUCCAGUCAGAUUCCAGCAGUGGUGAAGGACUGUCUCGACCACAUAGCACUGCCGAUGGAUGGAGCGACCCUGACGUCAGUGCUACACCAACGGGGUGUGAACGUACGAUACCUGGGCACCUUACUGAGGGAGCUGGACAGGGUGGAGGACAGAGGGAGACUCGGCCACAUACAGAGAAUUUCUCUCAGUGAAGUCAUCGUCAGGAGUGCAAAACACAUCUUCAGGACCUAUCUACAGGAUGUGGAACCUGCAGCUUUCUCUGCUGCUGUCAGUCACUUCCUAAACUGCCUCUUGAGCUUCUCCUCCUGUGUCACCGACUCCUGCUCAGAUGAGCUGCUCUCUCGCCGCAGAAAUCGACGGCGGCGGAGCCACGGGAGUCGAGGCACCUCGUUGACAGACAGUGUGUGGGCUAGACUGACUCACAGUGAGCUGUGGGGCCGGAUCAGGACUGAGGCUGGAGAUUAUUUCCACUACACAAUAGAUGGUCAAAGUAUGGAUGAAGUCAUAGAAAAGCACAGCCUUCAGAGGAUCUCCCUACUGAGAGAAAUUGCCAUCAAGACGGGCAUCCAGGUGCAGCUGAGGGAGUAUUUGUUUGAGUCCCGGCACAGGCCCGUGUUUAGUGAGGACGAUGUCGUCAACAUGUUCCCUGUGGUCAAACAUCUCAAGCCUACAGCAACGGAUGCCACGUGGCUCGUGCGACAGGCAGAGGUGGCAGUGCAGCAGGGUCUUCUCAAAGAGGGCUUUGAGCUGAUCAGCCAGGCCCUGACUCUGUUCAGCAGUGUAUGUGGGGUCCUGCAUGAAGACGUGUGCAUGUGCCUGCGUCUUUUGGGACGGAUCUGCUACAUCCUGGGAGAAUAUGCAGACGCCCUCAGCCACCAGGAGAAGGCUGUUAUGAGUAGUGAAAGAAUACAAGGUAUAGACCAUCCACAGACCAUACAAGACUACACUUAUCUGGCGUUGUACUGCUUUGCUGGAGGCCGGCAGUCGACCUCCCUACAGCUGCUGUAUCGCGCUCGGUACCUCGCCCUCCUGGUGAGCGGAGAAGAUCAUCCACAAGUCGCACUGCUGGAUAGUAUGCUCGGCUUAGUACUUCAUGGACUGAUGGAGUACGAGCUUUCCCUGAAGUUUCUACAGAAUGCCUUAAUUUUAACCUCAAAAUACCACGCUGCCGCAUCCCUGAAGCAUGCACACAGUCAUCACCUGCUCGCCACUGUGUAUGAGAGUAAAGGGGAGUUUCGAUCAGCUCUGCAACACGAGAAAGAGGCUUAUUCAAUAUAUAAGAGCCAGGUUGGGGAGAACCAUGGCAGGACGAAGGAAAGCUCAGAGUACCUGCAGAGCCUCACUCAGCAGGCUGUGAUCCUCCAGAAAGCCAUCAACCAAAUCUACAGUAACACACCUAGUGCCUGUAUUCCACCUCCUAAGUUUAACACACCGAGCCUUCCCACAAUCCUUCAGCAGCUUAACCUGACAUGUGGAAUCAUUCUCAUCCCCCUCAGUUUAAAAGAACUUGCAGACCUGAGGACUUCUUUGAAUGGAAAGGAAAAGGUUCAAGUGGAUGAACUGGAAAAAAAGAACUGCGGACAACAACCCUGAACUAUGGACCAAAGGGACAGAAACAGUAGAAUAUCUGUGUAGUCAGUCUGACUGAUGGAAAUGAUUGCGGACAGCAAGUAACAAUGGUAAAUGAGCGCCUGGCAAAUAGCCUUUGGACAACAACUAUUUCCAGUUAAUAGACAAGUGCAGCCAUCUCUUUUUGGAGAAUGAGUUUGCUCUGCUGUCUGUGGAGGACUGGACUUUGAAGAGAACCUUAUCUAACGAUAUAGCUCUUGUUGAAAUAUUUGGGAUCCAUUAAUUAACACUGCAGGCUGUUGCUGGCAAGUAUGUUUAACCCCCUUCCUUUUUGUCAGAUAAAUGCAGGAACCCUACAUACUAAAUACAUGAAGCUGCUAGAUGAAUGGACAAGCACAGUACUGAGAAAACAAAAAAUUAGCAACAGUGUAGGCCUACUAAAAGUCAAAAUUUCAUAUUUCUAAAUGUCGCACUGUCAUCGCAGUCCCUUCUGUCUCCACUGGGUUUCACACUUGUGCCAUGAACACAUCUCAGAACAUGAUAUUCCUAAAUAUUAAAAAAUAAAAUCUUUAUGAUUGUUUUGAAUGUGUAUUAGCUCCCAUUUAACCCAUGUUGUUGUCAUUAAUAUCCAGACUGUAAGGAAAUAAUAAACA